AUGGAGGAUUUAUCCCCAACAAAUUCGCAUCUUUUAAGAACUACCUUUAGAGAUGCUGAAAAUAGUUUCACAAAAGCUUCAACAUUUCAUUCUAACCUACCUUCCCCCGAAUGGUUUGAAACUUUGGAGAAUGAAUUUGACAAAGCUUUUGUUGAUUUGGAUGUGCUGAUUGGGGAAGUUGAACAGGAAAAUCAGUCCGAAUUAAUUUUUGAAUGCCGUAGGCGUUUAACGCUUAUUAGUGGUGUGUUUGCCAAAUUUGCUCAAAAAGUUCAAGUUAUUUGCCAACAAAAUUACGACUUUAAGAAAGACCUUCAAAAUUCCAACAAUAAAUUAAUUGGAGUAUUAGCCACAAAUUCCUUAUUAGAAGAACAGUCAGAACAACUUCUUUUGCGUGUUCAUUCACUUUCAUGUCAACUUUACUCAAAAACAGCUCCACACGAAUCAGAAAUUAUUAGAAAGAAAUUGGAUAAAGAAAUGAGAAUGUUUAACACAAAAAAUUUACCAAUUACAAAAUCACAGGCUGAAAUUUCUUUAUUAAAAGAAGAAAAUCUUAAAUUAAAAAGUCUUCUAAAUUCGGUUCAUUCCGAAAUUUAUGGAGCUCGUUUAGCUGCAAAAUAUUUGGAUAAAGAAUUAGCUGGACGGAUUCAGCAAAUUCAAUUGCUUGGUCGCAAUAUGAGAGGAGCUCAGCAUGAUCGUCUUUGGAAUCAAUUAGAAGCUGAGAUUCAUCUUAAUAGACACAAGACAAAUCCCAAAGCCUCUCCUUCCGUCUAUUUUGACAAAAGGGGCGUCGGAAAGACUCGACGCAUUCAUCUCCAUUUGGAAGAUAACGAAGGCCUGGGUAUUUCUAUUACGGGAGGAAAAGAGCAUGGAGUCCCUAUUAUUAUUUCUGAAUUACAUUCUGGGCAAGCUGCAGAAUCAAGUGGAAAUUUGUUUGUUGGAGAUGCUUUACUUUCUGUUAAUGGAAAAAGUCUUAAUAAUUUGAAGCAUUCACAAGCUGUGAAAAUUUUAAAUAAAGAGGUGAUUUUGAAAGUUAAACGUUUAUCAGGCCGACUUUACUGA